AGUGGAACAGCUUCAAAUCAAAACAAUCUUUUUGUUUACAUUUAACUUUUAGUUUUUUUCUUUCUAAUUAGUUGAUUGUUUUACUUAAUUAGUGAAAUUUAUGUCUUCGAGUGGUAAUGGUAAAGUUUUACUCUAUUUUCUCAAAAAUAGUGGACAAUCAGCGAGAAUUAUCCUUGGAUUAAGAGGAAAUGAGGAUCUCUCUCGUCACCUUGUUUGGACUCUACAAAACCGAGUGACCAACAAUGCGCUUGAGGUCAGUUCUCAGUUGAAUAAGAUACUGACCACAUCAAGUGAGUUACCGAAAGUACCGAAAACAGAUGAGAUACUUGAAAAGGGUGCGGUUGUUGCCAAGGGUAUUCAAAGGUUUGUAUCACUUGGUUUAGAAAAUGCCAAAGGUAAUUUAGCCCAAGGAUCGGAAAAAGUAUCUUCAAUGGUCAAUCAAGCAGUCGAAACUGUUGUUCAAUCAAAAGAUGAAAUGAUCAACAAACAGCCAAUUGUUGAUGAUAAAUCAACUGAUUCUCCAAUAAUUAAUGAAUCACUUGAUCCUCAGCCAAUUAUUUCAACCAAAGAAGUAAAAAAAGCAAAACCGAAACUUGGACCUUUAAAGUUGCCAGAGGGCAAAAGGUUAAACAUCAAAUUACCAGAGAGACAAUCAUUAAGUGACCGAUCCAAAGAAAGUAAAGUGCCCGCUUCUCGAAUCUCAAGAAUGGUCUCUUUUGGAGGUCUUGCCGCUAGUUUAGGUUAUGGAGCAUUGAAGCAGAUCACUAAGAAGAGAUUGGGGUUCGAAGAGCAAAGCGCUACAACGAAGCGAAUGGAUUCUUUCAUCUCUGAAGAAAUGGCCCAGAAAAUUGUUGAUACACUUUGUAAAACUCGAGGCGCUGGACUUAAAAUUGGACAAAUGUUGAGUUUGCAAGACAAUGCAAUCGUUGAUCCUAAAUUACAAUCAAUUUUUGAAAGAGUUCGUCAAGCAGCCGAUUUCAUGCCCGCCAGUCAAAUGGAGCAAGUAUUGAUUAACGAAUUGGGUGUUGAUUGGAGGGACAAGAUGCAAUCAAUGGAUCCAAAGCCAUUUGCGGCUGCAUCCAUUGGUCAAGUGCAUCGGGUUAUCCUCAAAGAUGGAACCGAGGCUGCGAUGAAGAUCCAAUAUCCAGGAGUAGCUGAAAGUAUCGACAGCGAUAUAAAAAAUUUAGUUUCCAUCUUGAAUCUUUGGAACGUGUUACCUGAUGGCCUUUUCAUUGACACAAUAGUUAAAGUUGGACGGAAGGAGUUGAUGUGGGAGGUUGAUUAUGAGAGAGAGAUCAUAUGUACAAAGAAAUUUCGUCAACUGAUGGAGCCAUUUUUCGAAGAUGAAGGAUUUUAUGUUCCAAAGGUCAUUGAUGAUCUAUCAACUAAACGUGUGUUCACAUCUGAAUUAAUUCAAGGUAUUCCUGUGGAUAAAUUAGCUGACACAGCGGAGAUAACACAAGAAGUUCGUAAUUCAGUUGCACGGCGACUUCUUCGUUUAUGUUUACGAGAAGUGUUUAUUUUCCGUUACAUGCAAACUGAUCCAAAUUGGUCAAACUUUUUCUACGAUCCACCAAAUGACACAAUCAAUUUACUCGAUUUUGGUGCUACUCGCGAAUACUCAAAGGAAUUUGUCGAUAAAUACAUGAAGGUCAUUCACUCGGCUGCUUUACAAGACCGAGAGGGCGUUCGUCGAGCGUCCAUUGAGAUCGGUUUUCUAACUGGUUACGAGUCAAAGAUUAUGGAAAAAGCUCAUGUAGAUGCGGUCAUGAUUUUAGGUGAAGCGUUUGCGGCCGAAGGGGAAUUUGACUUUGGUGCUCAAGACACAACUCGAAGGAUAAAUGAACUGGUUCCGGUUAUGCUUCAACAUCGAUUGACUCCACCACCCGAAGAAACUUAUUCUUUACAUCGUAAAACAUCAGGUGUCUUCUUGUUAUGUACCAAAUUAAAGGCCAAGAUCAAUUGUAAGGAAUUGUUUGAAGAUAUUUACGAGAAGUAUUUAACACUUGAAUAGGUUUGAUUGUGAUGAUGAGGAGGAAACAAAUGUAGUUUUGUAAUUUAUUAAAUAAAAACAUGUAACAUGA